CGUCAGGAGCAUGCGAAACAACUUGGCGGGAGGGGACGAGCUAAUCACCAGCGUUUUUCAAGCUCGAAAUUGUUCCCUUGGUGGCUUUCCUGCUGCUGAGAAGAGAGGAAAAAGCAAGCAAGAGGGAUGGGAGGGGAAACCAAAAAAGAAAAGGGACCCCAUCUACAUUUACACGCAUACAUAUACACGCAGAGAGAAAAAAAGAGAGAAAUACACUCCCUACAUACAAACAGAAGCUCGCAGCGGGAACCAGCAGGCUGUUUACUACAGAGUUACAUAGGCUGUAUAUCGGUUUGACCGACAGUCACUCCAUUUCGACGCCACGGAACUCUAUCAGGAUGCCUCCAUUGGACCACAGCGGGCUGCUUAAAACUCAGUCGGCAAGAGAAGAAAAAGCAUUCAUGUUCAGGCUUCAGAGAUUCAUCAAGCUCUUCUCCGGAAUUAUCUCUCGCAAUAAAAAGGGGGGCUGAAGCCAAGAACAAUUUGGACGCGGCUUCUCGGAAGCCAGAUCUUGUUCUGCUUCUUCCUUUUCUUUUUACCACAUCAACUUCAUCCCAACUGCCCGCUACCUUAUAAUACUCCGUAGGUUGCUCCUCAUUCGUUGUCAACUCCGGGAGUCCAGUACUACUGGACCUUCAAGAUUUAUAAAUGGAGACACAUCUUUCAAAGGAAUAAUAGUGUUUCUUGUCAGCAACCCAAGGAUGAACCUGUUUCUUCACUAGUACUCCGUACGGAUCCAUCAUAUAGGUCAUCUAGUUAACCCCCCCCCCCCCCCUCUCUCUUUUGACCGUGAGUUGGGAAUGAUAACGCCAAAGAUUUUUUUCCUGUGACAAACACCAAGAGAGCAGCGGAAAAAGAAAAAAAUGACAAAGUACUCUCCCCAUUCAGAGUGCAGGGGUGAAAAGGAAAAAGGUAGACAGCCAAAGCGGGCCUCAUUAGUGACGAGUUAGUGCCGCCCUGGCUCCUCUAUGCCCGAGUUUUGGCAUGUCUAGACCCUUCCGACAGGCUAACAGCCUUACUUUUGAAGUGACCUCUCUCCAAAAGAAGCACGGUUCUGUGUACUUCUCAGAGAGGCCUAGUAACUCUGGAGUACUCCAUACUGGGACAGCGGGAUCAGCUUUUCUUUCUUGAAAAAGGGUUAUUUCUGCCACUCCGUAUGCCCUUGAUCCAUGUGGUCUUGGGUCGAUCGACUAGCCCUGACAAAUCCUAAUUUGGUACUUUGAAAACUUUCAGUUUGUCUUCGUCUUUACUUACACUGGAAAGGUGGGGAGAAGAAAAGAACGAAAAAAAUUGGCAUGUUUUCUUUUCCGACAUCCCUUCAGCCACCACCACAUCUCCAAUCCCUCCCUUUUGCAGCCUGAAAAAUCAAUAUGGCCGGCGUCAAAUCUUUCUACUGGUCAGAAUCCAUGCAUCUCUUUGCAUCAGCCAGUCAUUCCCUCUUGGGUCCCCUUAAAAACAAUGCUGACUACUAUGCAAAUCGGUUGUACCUUGCAAGGUGCUAGAGAGUACCUGGUCAACGAGUGGAAAGGUAAAUAUCCAUUCAAGAAAGACAACCAGAGCUGCAACGUUUCUCCAAAUCAUAUUAAUACUUCCUUCUGGUAUUUGAUCGUUGCCCGCCCUCUCCGUGUUCCUGUUGAGGUGCCAGGAAAGUCCAUUUCCGAGCAUUCCAGAGCUCGGCCCGCCUCUUGCUAGGUUGUACUUUAUCUCCUGACUUCUUGUCACUCAACUCAAGCCAUUUGCAAACCGAUUGCUUAUCAGGGCCUCUGGACAUUUCUCAUUUUUGUUCUGGGACAACACUCUAGAGCAAAAAUCCCAUUUCUGUCUGAUUGACUAUUAAUUGAACCCUGUACCCGCGCUCCCGCUCGUUGAUCAUCUUCAGUCCAUCGAGGCUAUCCCCGGUUCACAUGACGCUAAUCUUCAGAUCUGUUCUUGUUAUAAAAUAUCUCCGUCCGUGCUGGCGCUUCUGUUAGUCGCGGGUAUCUGGUUUAGUUCCACUCUUUAUUUAAUCGGCAUCCGCAUUCUCGAACGCCAAACAGGUGGGUGUUAAGGAUACAGUGGAAACAUCUCACCUGUUAGUGGUAUUCUUCUUAUUCUCCCUCCUCGGUCUCUCGUGCUGCUUCAGAAGAACCUCGUUAUUCCUCCACCGGCUCAGAGGAGGCUAUAAGAAAGUACACAGAGGCAUUGGGAAGCAAAGGCAAAAAUAAACUACUAUUUUUGCUUUCCAUCUUCAAUGGCAUGCGACACAGUCUCUCGUUCUUGUGUCAAUACCGCUUCCCACAAUCCUCAUCUUUCCCCUGCCCCCUUCAGUGCAGACACGAUCUCCUCCCGAGCUCAUGAGAUUGCCGACCCAUCUUCUACCCUUGCGUUGAGGUUGCUCGCUCCUGACAGCUCUAUUUUGGAGGACCACAGGAAGCAUCAAAACCAGAAUCAUAGCCAAAGGCCUACAAUUGGCCCGCCAGUUGGUUCAGCAGUCAUGUCACAUCAUUAUCACCACCAUGACGAGGAUCAAGAGUACACAUACGGCAGAAACAAUCAAUACAAUUUUUCACAACCUUCCUUCAACCAGUCGUAUUCGAACCAUCAGGUUCUAGCACCAUACAAUCAUCAUUCCACAGAGACGGCCUCCAUCGCCCCAUCCUACUCCUCACAGCAAGCAAUAUAUACGCAAGCUCCGCAGCACUCCUCCCUCAUCACCCAUUCGUCGUCUACGGGAUAUCAAUGCCAUCCUCAAUAUAUGUCACAGCCCAGGUUUCCAGCACCGCAUCGCUUAUUCCCUAUGCAUGAACCGUUUUGGGAGGUGGAGAUCGAAGCCCAGGAAUCUUGCAACGAACAAACGGUUUUAUCAGAACCUGUUAUCCCAGCUUUGGAAGGGUUCCCAGAUGUCCGAGAAUUUGACCAACUCAUGAAGAGUUACGUUGAUGAUCUCUCCGUCAAAAAGCAAGAUAAGGCUUUGAUUCACUCAAGGAGAGCACGAAACAUCAAAAUCGUGCUUACUGAUCCCAAGGACACUGCAAUUGAAUCUGCCCAAUUUAGGUUUUGGGUGAAGAAAAUGUUCACACUUGUACCUAAGGACAACAACGUCCCUAUGUCGAGAAAAAUGAUAUGUCACGAAGGGAAACCAGUAGCAAUUCGCGAAAAACUCUUCAAAAUCCUGACACGAGCACACCAGCAAUGCCAACAUGGAGGUCGUGAUAAGACUUCGGCCCAAGUUCGGAGGAUAUAUUCAUGGGUCCCAAAAGAAUUGAUAUCUCGCUUUGUUAAAAUAUGUCCAACAUGUCAGGUCCGGAGAGGAGGAUCUCGAUUAACGCCUCCAACUUCAUGCAGAAGUUCUCCUAAACCUGAUCAUGCACUAGGCCCCUCCCCGUAUCUCUUAUCACCGCCAGAUUCUCGCCGGGAGUCCAUUAUUAGCAGGCCAGGUAUUCCAUAUCCUGCACGAGCAGAAGCUCCACACGCUAAUCAAUCCAAUAUUCCAUCUGCACUAACCUGGCCUCCAUCCCCACACCACACAAGCCUGUCGAGCCAAUACCAUAAUUCACAUAUGCAUCCUCUCCCUUCGACAGCUAGUAGCUGGGCUUCACUUCCUCGAACGCUGACAUCGGGUAGUGAAACAAAUGGGACUGGAGGAGGCACCCAUGGGUUAUCGACGACAAUGUCCAUGCCUUCAAGUCAUUUGGAUUAUCAGCCUACCUAUGAUGAGGCCCAACAUCUCCCGGAACCUCAUCCUUACUAGGAAACCAUGAUAUUCGAGGAAUGAUCUUUGGAUAACGACCUAAUCCAAUGGUCAAUGCACUCGGAUGGGAUCCAUGAAACCAAGUCUGACCAUUCCACGGAUUCUCCAGCGCGGUGCAGGAUAUUGUGCGCAGCGUUUUCUCUUUUUC